AUGACCUCGAAAGGUGAACCACGUAAGCCUAUAAAGGGAUUAGGUCCAAGGUUAAAGAAUAUUGGCGUAGUGCAUUUUAGAGGAAUUUUUGGCUGUCUUAUACCCAUUAUCCUCAUGGCUUGGCAACCAGAAAAAGGGAAGCAUGACAUUACAGUUAGAUGUCUCUGGAUUUGGAUGUUUUGGUUCUUCUUGCUACAGCCGGUUAAUAUACCGGUCACUGGUUUUAUACCGAUGUUUCUGCUACCAAUGGCUGGAGUUAUGUCUACAGUGGACACUUGCAAGUGUUAUUUUAAUGAUAAUAUAGGUUUACAUAUACUAGCUGGUAUGCUGCAGUUAUUGGUAAACGGAUGUGGUCUCGAUCGACGUAUAAUUUUAUCGUUACUUUGUUCUGGUGAUGCUUGUCAGUUUUCCGGGAAAAGGAUGGUAUUGAAAGCUAGCACAGCUGCCUUUUUUCUCUCAAUAAUAUCAAAUAGAUUAAUCGUGACGUCGACAAUAAUACAGUUUUUAACACCGGCAUAUUUAAACUUACAGAGCGCCACAGCUAAGUAUAGAAACACGGAACCAGAUUACGAUGUUAUGCGGUAUAUUGUUUUAAACUCAGUACAAACAGCAUCAGCUAUUGGCAGUACAGCCAUUUUGCACGCGGCCUUAACAACUAUAACUAUGCGAGCUAUUUGGUCCACGCAUCCUGGUAAUAACGCCGAAUACCCAGAUAUUUUUAAUUAUUUGCAAUACACUUGUUUUGCAUUUCCUGUGGCUUUCACUAUGUUUAUUUUCAAUUUCUUAUAUUAUAUGUUACUCAUUAAUCGGGUAGUCGUAAAACCAAUGAGUGGAAAUAGUAUGACCGAAAUGAGAAACUUGUUAUUAAAUCAUAAAAAUGCUUUGCCUCCACAGCAGGGGUAUGAAAAGAUAUGUUUGUUCUUCUAUAUGGCUUUCUUGGCCAUGUGUUUCUUUCGAUGGAGUGAUUGGUUAAAUAUGGGCUGGUCUUCAUUUAGGACUGUGAUACCCGAAGUACCACUAAUAAAGGACGCCACGGUUGCUGCUAUUUUCGUUGUUGGUCUACAUGUUCUGCCCAGAUCUAUUACGUUUUGGAAAUAUUUGACCGCUAAAAAUAGAACAGAACUUGGUGUUCUUAAGCCGGAGUCUGCGAUUUUGUGGUGGCGUUUUGUGGAUAAAAAUACCAUUUACGGUUAUAUUAUACUGAUUGGUGGUGGGAUAGCAUUGAAUUCUGCUAUUCGCGUCAGUUCUCUCAAUAAUUUAGUGACAUCAGAUUACGGACAUUGUAUCACGAAACUGUCUUGGAAUACUUCAAUUUUCAUAGUAUGCUUAAUAUCAAUUCUACUUGCGAACAUAAUGUCUGGAGUUGCAGCAUGUUGCAUCUUUCUACCGUUUGUGCUAAACAUGGCUCUAGAAGCUGCAGGUGAUCAUUGGCCUAAGAAUGUAUAUUUGGGCGCAGUGGCUGUAGGUAUCGGUACUUCGAUGGGUUUCACAUCUCCAUUUCUUUAUACUCCUGCGUAUUUCUGCCAUUAUACAGGAAAAGUUCCGAUAAAACGAAUGAUAAAAUAUUCAAUUGGGAGCGCAGUAAUAUGCUGUAUAAUAUUAUGGUUGGCGUUGUGCUUUUGGGGUCCGCUUAUAUGGGACCCUAAGAAUGAGGGCAUAACAACUUAUACUUUUGGCCCUGGAGGAGAGGAGACGACGACUACAGCACCUCCUCCAGAGGCACCAGAAGGUGAUUAA